GUAUUGCCCGAUCAAAAAAAUUGAAAGAGAAUGAAAAAAAAGAAGCAUAUGCCAAUUGCAAUUGGUGUACCAAGAACACAUAUACAUAGACAAGUGUUGGGUCACACUAGGAGGCAGCAGCACGCCACUGGUGACUGUCAUGAGUCAUAUCUGACGAGAGAAGCUGACAAAUCCCAUCAAUUCCAAUUCCAACCAUUUCUGCUUCACCUUCGUCUACCUCCGACAUUCCGAACUAGCGUGCAGGGAGUCAGGGGAGAGAUUGGAGCGAUGAACGUGAGCCGCCCAUCGGUUCACCCCGUGGAGGCCCCACCCUUGACUGACUUGGCAGCCCAGAAUGCUCUCAGAGUGAGGAUGAAGGACGUUCAAGGCAUGCCUGGCACCGCAGGUGGUCUCGUGUUGCGUCUUUGCCAGCUCGGCUUUGCAGCCAUUUCUCUCUCAGUCAUGGCCACCACCUCCGAUUUUCCCUCUGUCACUGCUUUUUGCUACCUUGUUGCUGCUGUUAGUGUGCAAUGUGUGUGGAGCUUGUCACUGGCGAUUGUUGAUGUGUAUGCUCUUUUAGUGAGGCGGAGCUUGCGCAACUGCAAGGUUGUGGGUUUCUUCACCAUUGGAGAUGGGAUCACAUCCACGCUUACAUUUGCUGCCGCAUGUGCUUCUGCUGGAAUUACUGUCCUCAUUGCCAAUGAUCUUAACAAAUGUGAUGUGAAUCAUUGCAAAAGGUUUGAGACUGCCACAGCUAUGGCUUUUAUCAGUUGGUUUGCUGUGUCACCAUCCUUUCUUUUAAACUUCUGGUCACUGGCUUCCCGGUGAAACACGGCAGGGGGGAAAUUCAUCAGUGAGCCGAGUCUUCUUAUAUUCUUAAAAAAAAGAAAAAAUUGGCCUCUUUUAAUGGCUGUGCUGGGUAUUUGUUUGAUUGCCCUUAUUCUGUACAUAGAAAUAUUCUGGCAGAGUUUGUUGAGAGAUUAAUAACCUUUAGCAUGGAGAUAUGUAUAAUUUUGGAUUUUGAAUCUUUUUCCUCA